CAAUGAUUGAAGAUCACGUGUACCACGAAAUUUAAUUCCUGUACUUUCACCUUCUUUGAAGAAUUUUAAUCUGUAAAAUGGAAAUUAUCAUCAGUUAUUUUUUGAUAAAACACAGCAGGAAAUCUUGCGAACAACUGGAACCUGAAACAACAGCUGAUUUUUUCCUCUGAACAAACUUUUUCAUCCACGCCCCCUACCCCUCCUAAAUUUCUAAUCUUUAACAAUGUACCUGCCAAAAUACCUUGCCAAAAAUCCUCAGUGUUUUCUCAACCUUUGAUGCGAAAACAUAACUUGUGCUUAUCAUUUUUGCUACUUUUUUUAUUAAAAAAUAAAAAAAAAAAAACCAAGUAAAAAUGGCUCCAAAUUUUCAAAAUUCAAUAUUAAACUCUUCUAAUAAUUCAUGGAAAUCAUCCAGUGAAAUAAAUUUUCGACAAAAACUAAUCCAAAGUGAGCCAAUAAUAAUUCCAUAUGUUAGACCAGAUAGAAGAAUGAAUAGAAUUUUUGCAUAUGAUGAUAAACCUGAGGAUGAAUUUGACAAAAUGAUUAGAGAAAAUCCGGAACUUGCUGGAUUUGCCGUUCCAGAAGAAAAUCCAAAAGAACAUGAUAUACUUUCUUCCAAUGACAUCAAUGAAAAGAAAACCAUCUCUGAAGCUACAGACGAUCAUAGUAACCUACAGCCAACAAUCGAAACUGCAUUCGAUGCGCAUCUUCUUCAGACAUCUGGUCGUUUGCCGUGUCCAACUGAACCUUGCAAAAUCCUAAAAGUUGCUGAAGUUGCUCAUUCAUUUGUGGAUAUAGUCAAGAAUAAAAUAAAAACCAAAUUUGUCAAGGGUACAUGAGUAGGAUAAACAUUGCUAUGCAUAUCAUGAUGUAACCCAUGAUGUUGCCCAUGAUGAUGGCCUUUAUGAUGGCCUUGAUGAUGUACCUGAGUAGCUGG